CAUUGUCAUUAGUGUUGUGUAUUUAAUAUUCCGGUGCUGGCAUUGCGUACAGAGAGGGGAUUAUCUAUAUGGGGUCCCGUCUGGCGUUUCCUAUCAAUGCAUUAUCGUCGUAUUUAGUUUCAUGUUAAUACGAGUUGCUUCUAACUGAAUAAAACACCCGAUUGGUGAAAUAUGUAAUUAACCCGGCAUUGUGUUCUUAAUUAUUCUAGUCGCAUUGUUUUAUGGAUUUGCAAUGUCAGUGGAAUGCAGCUUGUAUACUUUGAUUCUGGCUGUGUUUGGAUGUAUUGUGAUUUUCUUAUUUUUGUUAAAUACAUUAUGGGGACUGAUGCAAGCAACUCGUGCCAUAUUAGCUCCGUUCUUUUUACCCCAUGAAGAAACGUCUUUGAUUAAGAAAUAUGGGCAAUGGGCAUUGAUUACAGGCAGUACAGAUGGAAUUGGAAAAGCCUACGCACAUGAACUUGCUAAAAGAGGACUGAAUAUAGUUUUAGUAAGUCGAAGUACACAAAGAUUAAAAAAUGUCGCCAAGGAAUUAGAGACUGAAUAUUCCAUUAAAACUAAAAUUAUUUCCGCUGAUUUUUCUUUGGGGGGUCAAGCAAUUGAAAUUAUAAAACAAGAACUGGGAGUUUUGGACAUUGGAAUAAUAGUGAACAAUGUAGGAAAGCAAUACGACUACCCUAUGUACUUGGGUGAAGUCCCCGAACAAGAUUUAUGGGACAUUAUCAAUGUUAACGUGGGUGCUGUGACCCUGCUAUGCCGUUUAUUCGUCGAAGACAUGAAGAGGAAAGGUCGUGGAGCUAUCGUAAAUGUAUCAUCCGGCUCUGAGCUCCAACCUCUACCUCUAAUGACUGUUUACGCAGCAACAAAAGCCUACAUCAAGAGCUUUACUGCAGCUCUUCGAUAUGAAUACUCAAAACACGGUCUUACUAUCCAACACCUGUCUCCUAUGUUCAUAAACACUAAAAUGAAUCAUUUUAGUCAAACAUUGAGGGAGUCUAGUACUUUUAUCCCAGAUGCGAGUACUUAUGCAAGACAUGCUGUUAGUACCUUGGGAAAAAUGGAUGAGUCGACUGGAUAUUGGGCUCAUGGAAUACAAUACUUUUUCACGAGUAUUCCUCCGGUUUGGAUACGGAUGUAUAUAGGUGGAUAUAUGAAUAAAAUUUUCAGAAAUGAAUAUUUUAUACUACAUAAGCAGAACCCAGAAACAACAAAUAAAGUGUCAUUUUUGUAAAAUUUUGUUAAAUAAAAUACACAGCAAGUAAUUUCAA